AUGGAUCGCGGAGACAGCCCGAAACGUCGAAAGCUCGACGUCGAUAGAUAUUCCACUCCGCCAAUAUCGGACGGAUUACAACCCUCUCUGAAGCCACCCAUAUUUUCUAAGCACCAAAGAUUUCGAGACACGGGUUCAAGUGGUCACUCACGGUCGUCUACGCCUCGUGGGAAUCGCAAUGCUUCUACGCCCCAUCAAACCGAACCUGAUGGAGCUGAACCAUAUAUCGCGGACGAGGAAACCAAUGCUCUGGACAGAGACUGGUAUGCCGGGGACGAGUUUGGUCACACUUUUGGGGACGAGACCCACAACCCUUUUGGGAGCGCAGAUAACACAUGGGCGGAUCAGCAGAAAGAGGCUGCUCUGGCAGACAAAAAACUCAACAAGCGGGUGACAGCAAAAGCAGCCCAGAAGCAAAAAGAUGUGGACGCCUGGGAAACGAAUCGAAUGCUGACCUCCGGCGUGGCCCAGCGACGAGAUCAUGCGGUGGACUUCGAGGACGAUGACGAUGGAACAAGGAUACAUCUGCUGGUACAUGACUUGAAACCACCAUUUUUAGAUGGCAGGACGAUCUUCACCAAACAGCUCGAACCAGUACCAGCGGUUCUGGACCCUCAAAGUGACAUGGCAGUGUUCAGUCGCAAAGGCAGCAAGGUAGUCAAGGAGAAGAGACAACAAAAGGAACGCCAGAAGCAGGCUCAGCAGGCUACGAACAUGGCUGGAACAGCUCUCGGUAACUUGAUGGGCGUGAAAGAAGAUGAGGGCGACAGUGCUGCCGCAGCUCCAGGAGAAGAGUCGCGCAAAGGAGGCAGCAAAUUUGCCGAGCAUCUCAAGAAGAAUGCAGGGGCAAGCGACUUCAGCAAAAGCAAGACCCUACGAGAGCAAAGGGAGUAUCUACCAGCUUUCGCUGUGAGAGAAGAACUCAUGCGCGUCAUUAGGGACAAUCAAGUGGUGAUUGUCGUAGGUCAGACCGGAUCGGGGAAGACCACUCAGCUUACCCAAUUCCUUUAUGAAGAAGGGUAUUCGAAGUUCGGCAUGAUUGGAUGUACACAACCACGAAGGGUUGCUGCCAUGAGUGUUGCCAAGAGAGUGAGCGAGGAAAUGGAGGUGGAGCUGGGAGGCGUAGUUGGCUAUGCUAUCAGGUUUGAGGAUUGCACGAGCGACAGAACAGCUAUCAAGUAUAUGACAGAUGGUGUGCUUUUGAGGGAAUCUCUUGUACAACAGGACCUAGACAGAUACUCGUGUAUCAUCAUGGAUGAAGCGCAUGAACGUGCUCUGAAUACAGAUGUCCUCAUGGGUCUUAUCAAGAAAGUGCUUGCUCGCCGCAGAGACCUCAAGUUGAUUGUUACGUCUGCCACGAUGAACUCGGAUCGCUUUUCUCGAUUCUAUGGCGGAGCUCCGGAAUUCAUCAUUCCCGGUCGUACAUUUCCCGUUGACAUCCAAUACUCACGCUCACCGUGCGAAGAUUAUGUGGACAGCGCUGUCAAGCAAGUGCUGGCAAUUCAUGUGUCGCAACCGGCUGGGGAUAUUCUGGUCUUCAUGACAGGACAAGAAGACAUCGAAGUCACCUGUGAGCUAGUAGAAGAGCGCCUUCGACUCCUCAAUGAUCCACCGAAACUCCUCAUCCUUCCCAUUUACAGCCAGAUGCCUGCCGACCUGCAGGCAAAGAUCUUUGACAAGGCUCCUCCUGGUGUCCGCAAAGUCAUCGUUGCCACCAACAUUGCCGAAACAUCGCUCACGGUGGAUGGUAUCAUGUAUGUCGUCGACGCCGGCUUCUCCAAGCUGAAGGUAUACAACCCCCGUAUGGGCAUGGACACCCUCCAGAUCACGCCAAUCUCUCAAGCCAACGCCUCGCAAAGAGCCGGCCGGGCAGGCCGCACCGGCCCCGGAAAAGCCUACCACCUUUAUACAGAGCAAGCCUUCAAGAACGAAUUCUACAUCCAAACCAUUCCCGAGAUCCAACGCACAAACCUCUCCAACACAGUCCUGCUCCUCAAGUCCCUCGGUGUGCGCGACCUCCUCGACUUCUCCUUCAUGGACCCUCCCCCCCAAGACACCAUCACAACCUCGCUAUUCGACCUCUGGGCCCUAGGCGCGCUCUCCAACCUCGGCGACCUCACCCCGCUAGGCCGACGCAUGACCGCCUUCCCCAUGGACCCGUCUCUCGCCAAACUCCUCAUCACCUCCUCCGGCCCCGCAGGCUCCGAGUUCGCGUGUUCCGAAGAAAUGCUCACGAUCGUCUCCAUGCUCUCCGUCCCCUCCGUCUUCUACCGGCCCAAAGAACGCGUGGAGGAGAGCGAUGCCGCGCGCGAGAAAUUCUUCGUCCCGGAAUCCGACCACCUCACCUUGCUGCACGUGUACACGCAAUGGCGCAGCAACGGCUACUCCGACGCCUGGUGCGUGCGGCAUUUCUUGCACGCCAAAUCCCUGCGUCGCGCCAAGGAGAUCCGCGAGCAGCUGCACGACAUCAUGGUGCUGCAGAAAAUGGAGCUGGUGAGCUGCGGCACGGACUGGGAUGUUGUGAGGAAGUGCAUCUGUAGCGGCUACUAUCACCAGGCGGCCCGGGUGAAGGGCAUGGGCGAGUAUGUCAAUCUCCGCACGGCGGUGACGGUGCAGCUGCAUCCGACCAGUGCCCUGUACGGCGCCGGCGUGCUGCCGGAGUACGUGGUCUAUCACGAACUCGUCCUGACCAGCCGCGAGUACAUGUCUACGGUCACGAGCGUGGAUCCGCACUGGCUCGCAGAUAUGGGCGCCGUCUUCUACUCGCUCCGAUCCAAAACCUACUCGCACCGCGACCGACGCAUCACCGAGAUGGAGUUCAACCGCAAGAUGGAGAUCGAGUCCCAGAUGCAGGCGGAUCGCGUCGAGGAGGAGGAGAGGAAACGCGCCGACGACGAGAGGGCGGCGCUCCUGCUCGGGGGCAAGAAGAUGCCUGCGCUGGGCAAGGGAAACAGGGCCGUGGUGGUCAAGAGAAUGGGUUCGAAUGGCGUGGUCAAGAAACCGGGUGGCGCCGCUAUGGGGGCCAGGAGGAGGGUGGGUGGGUUUUAA